UGUGUUUACGGCAGUCACUUCUUGUUUGGUCGGGACAUGUGUAACAAGUUAAGGCUGUUGCUAUAAUAUUUAGAAUCGAAUAUUGAUAUAUAUAGGUAGUGAUAUAGAGAAAUAUUUCCUUGUGUUGUAGAUUGUUAGGAAAUGAAUAUGUAUUCAGAAGCCAGAAUGAAAAGACGGCGGCCGUGCGUGGAGUUAAAAACGACGACCAGACACAACAAUGUCAGGAAACAGCUGUACGUCUUCCUCUUGGCCGUUCUUGUCUUCUUCUUUCAUAUCAACUUGGUUUCUUGUGAAUUGACAGAGUUUUCAGAUAUUAGCAGUGCCAUUCUAGUGAACAGCAACGACAGGGGUGUUGUGUCUGCCUUCGGUGACUUUAAUGCUGAUAAACAUACAGACAUAUUUCUUUUGACGGACGGAGGGAAAGAAGUUAAAUUACUUUUGGCCGAUAAAUCUGAAGAACCUUACACAUCCCAAAUUCUGAUUGAAGCCAACGCUAGUAAUCUGACGGACACUAUCAUAACUAGUAUUGUACCAGCAGACUUUGAUGGUGAUGUCCACAUGGAUGUGCUGCUGUGCCGCCAAAAGGAGAACGAUCGUUCAGGAAACAUUUUCAUUGAGAUUUACUGGGGUAAUGGCUACACUGUGAACCAAGUUUCAGGUCGACCCAUUACGUUCAGAGGAAACUGGGAAGAAGCCCAUCUAAUUGGAUUGUACCUUGCCAAUGCUGACAUGGUUUCAGAUUUAUUUGGUGAAAAUUCUGAUGGGAAAAGGAAAUUUUGGUUUGGAAGCUCUCAAAGAAUCAUGAAGAUGGUAGAUUUCCCCAAGAACAACACCCAGACCACUUUUGAUCCAUUGAAAAAACCACAGUCCAGUGCUUUUGUGGACCUCAAUUAUGAUUUCUGUGCUGAUCUUUGUGUUGUGUCUGUGAAGAAUGGUAAAACCCAGUUAGAAUACUGGUACUACUUGAAUGAUGGCUUUCAGUUGAACAAAACAUUAGAUGUUCCUGAUGCUGUGAAAGUGUCUGGCCAGGCAACAUUUGUCAACGUUGAUGGUGAUGACGAGAUGGACUUGUUGCUGCCAUUUUGCGAAGACACCGAGUGUCAUAACAGUGGUAUUUACGUCUAUUCUGAGGAACAGUGGCACAAUCUGUCUGUUGACUUUGCUCAGGCACAAUGGAGGUUUGUUCUUCCUGAAAAUGCUGACAAACUUGUCAAACCUCCAAUUACUCUGCGUGCUGGUGAUUACAACCUUGAUGGAUAUCCAGAUUUAUUAACUGUCCUCAUAAACCAGAAUCACACCCAGAAGGUGUUUUUACUGAAGAACGUAGCUUUUACGCAGGACAAUUUCACCCGAACCUUCAGUAUCGAUUACAAAGCUUCGUUCACCCAACCAACAGGAUCUGCCUUUUUGGCCGCCUUUUUUGACAUCGAUGAAGAUGGUGUAUUGGAUGUCUUCAUCACUUCAAGACAGACAGACAGCAAAACCAAACUUCAGACCUUCAAGAACAAAUUUCUUGAAGAUGCUUAUUUUUUGAAAGUGAUGGUGGUCAGUGGUCUGUGUGGAGAAGACUGUAACGUGGCGCCCUAUGGCACCAACCAUGUCGCUAAUAAAGAAAAUUAUCUAUCUCUACCUCUUUAUCUAUCUAUCUAUCUGUCUAUCUCUGUCUAUGUCUGUCUAUGUCUGUCUGUCUACCUACCAACCUACCUACCUACUUACCUAUCUAUCUAUCUAUCCAUCCAUCCAUCUCUUUCUCUUUUGUGUUUUUCAGCAACCCAACUGAGUCAGUCAGCUCACUAUUCACUGCAACUGCCUUACACUGUAUUUGGACUCGGUCAAUCACCAAACUACAUUGACAAUCUCAAAGUUGGUAUUGCCUGCUACCCCAAGGACAAAUGUGAAACCCGUGAAUGGACGUCUGUCAUUCCAAACUCUCGUCUCAUCAUCAUCCCUCACCCAAUGGAUGACCCACAACAAUGGAGCAACAGACUGUUUGUGACUCCCAGUCGACUGGUCCUACUUACUGGCGCAGCAUUACUCGGAACCUGUGCUUUUAUCACAGCAGUGGUGGCCAUCUUACACUGGAGGGAAAGGGCGGAGGACAAACGUGAGAAGUUGCAAGAGGCCCAUAAAUUCCACUUUGAUGCCAUGUGAGCAACGGCAACGAAGAUCAGCUGCUGAUGGUGGGACAAACCCUGUGUAGUUUCUUAUUGCAGAGAAUUGGUGAUCAAAUAUUUAACCUAGCAACAUGCUUAAUAAUACAUCAGGCAACAUAUAUAUAUAUUUGUUUAUAUAUAUAUAAACACUCACACACACAUAUGUACACACACAUAUGUACACACACAUAUGUACACACAUGCAUUCAGUGACUAGAUGCACUAUUUCUCAUAGGCACUAUAUAAACACCACAAUAGACAGUUGAUUUAGUAUACAAACACGUACAUGUGUGCUUGUAAAUGUGAACGUGUGCAGUUGUUCAUAAAUGGGAACUUUUAUGUAAAUCACAGUAUUUUAGCAGGCUAAUGUCAACACACCAACACUAUACACCACAUCAAAAACACCCUCUCUAACUCAGUGCAACAACACAAACAAUACUAACAGUACAAUAACAGAGACAAUAUUCAUUGUGUGUAUGUGUGUGUGUGUAUAUAUGUAUGUAUGUAUGUAUAUAUAUGAUAAUAAUAUUAGGGAUGAAAAUCCAAAUUUACAGGUAAAAACUCAAUUUAAUUUAAUUUAUCAAAAAUUAAAAUUAAAGUUUCACAGAAUAUAAUAUAUAAAUAUAUAAUAUAGAGAAAAGAACCACAAUUCCUGAACUCAUCCAUGAAAAUCCAGUCACAUAUAGAAAAAUUAAUAAGUAAAUGCACUAAAAAGAACAAUAAUAAAAUAUAAAGUAAUGAUUAUUAAAAUAAUAAAACGACUACACGUGUUUCUUAACCAAAUUUUCAGGAACUGUGGUUCUUUUCUCUAAAUUAUAUAUAUAUAUAUAUACAUAUAUACACACGCGCACACAUAUGCAAUCUAAUAUUUAACACUGAGUUGAUAAGUACAUACCACACUGGUGGAUAAAUAUUGUUUACUUGUGGGUUUACAAGGCAACCAAUGGUUUCAUGUGCAGAGAUCUUCACAAUUGUUCAAGCAUGCCACAUGGAAGAGUCGGUACUCGUCUCCAUUACACAUGUGCAGACACAAUAACACAUCAUUACACACAACAUUUACAUGCACAUUGUCUCUCACACAUAUGCACGCACUCUCUCUAAAGUAAUAUUUCUUUACACUGCUUCAUCUCUUUGGGAAGGACAUGAUCCACACAACUGUUCAUCCUUUUUAUACACAAUGUUUACCUAAUUAUACGCAUGCACACACAUACACACACAUGCACACACUUCUGUGCGCACAUGUGUGUGUAUAAUUUGGCAUUUCAGAUAGGUUUCUUGUUACAAAGUUUAUGUUUUAAAACUUUCAGAUCGUGCCCGUCUCCCACUGGUGGACCAUAUUAAUUCAUUUCGGGAGUUCAGUCAUUUUAAGCAGUUCUAUUCAUUUCUGUGGAGAUGCAGAGAAACCGUUUCAACUUAGAGGGAACAAAAAUGUACACAGCGCAAAAAAGCAUGUACUCACACAAUGUAUGCACACACAAUGUAUGCACACACAAUGUAUGCACACACACACACACAUAAUUUAUGCAUAUAUAUAUAUAUACAUACAUACAGAGUAGACCAAAAAUCAUGAAGUCUGACUGCAUAUUGUUGUCUGUGGACAUGAUCUGGUGGCUUCUGUUUGCACCGACUGCAUUUUUAUAUUUUGUGACUUUUGGGCCCACCCUGUGUGUAUAUAUAAAAAUACUUUUAUCGUGACUUUUAAUUUUGUUUUUGAUAAAGAUAAACAAGUAUUGUACGUGUUUCCUUUUUUUUUUUCCAUAACUGUAUACCUACUUUUGCCCACACACCCUGUAUGUGUGUAUGUGUGUGUACAUGUGUGUGUAUGUAUAUAUAUAUAUAAGCAGAGAAAAUGCUGUAUGAAUAAAAAUACAGUUAACUCUCAUUCAUUGUUCUCUCUGUGUCUCUCAGAUGUAUGUAUGCAUAUAUGUGUAUAUAUGCAUAUAUAUAGGCCCAACUAUGCUUAUUAAACCUCACACUUACAAACACCCCCCCACAUAUGUAAGCUUCUCUCUCUAUAUAUACACACACAUACACAUAGCAACCAACAUAUAACUGCAGUUGUGCCCCAAAGGUUUCAAACAACAGUGAAUUAAGGGUGGAAAAUCAGGGUAUUUUAACGGCGAAAGGGAUGGGUGGGUGGUAUUUGUUAUUUUGUUAUGUUUUAUUCCAAAAACAACUAUUGUUGUUGUUUUCUUUGUUUUACAAUUUUUUAUUGUUUAAUUAAAACAUUUGUCAAAGAUUUGCUAAUAUUUUCCUCUUAUUUCUGACUAAUUAUCUCCACAAUAUAAAUAUAUUUAUUUUGUAAAUAAAAUCAUAUUUAUUCUA